AUGUCCUCCUCCAGUGCGACCAGCCAGGAGAAUGGCCACUACCCCAAGAUCAAGCUGUACACCAACUACGGUUGCGGCUGGUGUCAUCGGGUGCAGUUUGUUCUGAAAGAACUCGGUCUAGCGUACGAACAAGUCCUCGUUGACCUCGACAACCCACGACCAGAGUGGUUUCUGAAGUUGAAUCCGCGCGGCCUCGUCCCUGUCCUUCAAUACACCGCUUCACCCACCUCCCCUCCCCUGACACUCACAGAGUCAGGAGCCAUUGUCUCUUUUCUGACCGACCUGUACCCAUCCCACCUGCUCCCGACCCUCUCUCCACACUCACCAUCGGCGCCACCAUCGGCCGACGACAUCGAAAAGGCUCAUUUGCGCUACCGCAUGGUCUUCUUCGUGGACACGUACUUUUCCAAGAUCCAACCUCUCUUCUUCAAGCUCGUGGGCGCUGACGAUGCCACCGCCAAGGCGAAGCUGGUGGACGACAUCGUCGCUCUUCUCGAAAAGGAGAUCGAGCCUUUGCUGGCCGAUGCUCAGCCCUAUUUCGCAGGGAGUAAAGAUGCCACCUUUGUCGAGGCAAUGACCGCCCCUCUCAUGGCGCGGAUGUACGAUUUCACGAACGACGUGAUCUUCCCCUCGGCUCUCGGCGAGCGUAUGACGGGGCCCACAAUGCCCAAUUUCGCACGCUGGCUGGCCCUUUCCUCCUCUCAUCCCUCGGUCCUCGCAACCUGGGACAAGGAAUACUUUAUCCCGCGCAUCAUCGAGAGACUGCCGAGGGCCAAGGCCAAAUACGGCCCUGGAAACUAA